UGAACGGCAAACUUAAUUCAUUCAUUCAACUUUUCGACGAAAUUUGACAGUGUUUACCCAACAUUGCAUGUUAGCUGCUUCUACCAGGUGUGCAUGUUUGUCACUGUUGCUGGAAAUACUUGCUUAAAGGUGUGUGCACUUGUCUAUGAGCGUGCAUACCUAGCUUCAGCCGCAGCCCUGUGUUUGUGUGUGUGAGUGACGAGCCUGUGUGAGCCAUGUCGGUGUCAGUGAUCAUAAAGUGGGGAGGUCAGGAGUACUCCAUCAGUUCUCUGUCUGAGGAGGACACAGUGAUGGACCUGAAACAGUCCAUUAAGACCUUGACUGGGGUGCUGCCAGAGAGACAGAAACUACUGGGACUCAAGGUCAAAGGUAAACCUGCAGAGGAUGAGGUGAAGCUGGGCUCUUUGAAGCUGAAGCCUAACACCAAGAUCAUGAUGAUGGGCACCAGAGAGGAAAGCCUGGAGGAGGUUUUAGCCCCUCCACCAGAAAAUGACGACGUUGUCAAUGAUUUUGACAUCGAGGAGGAAGUCAUUGAAGUGGAGAACAGAGAGGAGAACCUGGCCAAAAUAGCCCGCAGAGUGAAAGACUAUAAGGUGGAGGAACUGAAUCCUCCCAGAGAAGGCAAAAGGCUCCUGGUACUGGAUGUGGACUACACACUGUUUGAUCACAAGUCGUGUGCAGAAACGGGUCAGGAGCUGAUGAGACCAUACCUUCACGAGUUUCUGACAUCCGCCUAUGAAGACUAUGACAUUGUGAUCUGGUCUGCUACAAGUAUGAAGUGGAUCGAUGCCAAAAUGAAAGAGCUGGGAGUGACAGACAAUCCAAACUACAAGAUUACGUUCAUGUUGGACAGUGCCGCCAUGAUCACUGUACACACCCCUAAGAGAGGGGUUGUGGAGGUGAAGCCCUUGGGUGUGAUUUGGGGGAAGUACGGAGAAUUUUACAACAGGAAAAACACCAUUAUGUUUGACGACAUUGGACGAAACUUCCUCAUGAACCCGCAGAAUGGACUAAAGAUCCGGCCCUUCAUGAAGGCCCAUCUCAACAGGGAGAAGGAUAGGGAGCUGUAUAAACUGGCUCAAUACCUCAAAGAAAUUGCCAAGCUUGAAGACUUCAGCGGGCUCAACCAUAAACAUUGGGAGAGGUACCUUUCUAAGAGGCAGCACCACUGAGGAGGAGCUGUAUCCUCAUCAAAGACUUGGGCUGGAUGCAACCAUCCCAUCAUCCAGUUCUCACACACAGAACACACGCACACACACUUGGCUAUUACAAGUCCUUGAUCCCGAACCUUACAAUUAAAUCCGACACUAACUCUGCAGCUGCCAACAGUCAGAGGUGCAGGACUGAGAUGGGCUUCCCAGUUUAUAUAUUUGCAUGUUCUCUGCCUCUCCCUAGUCUGGAACUUUUUCUUUUUUCUUUUCAAAAUAUGAUUUGCAUUUGCUACAAUAACACUGGCAGUGACUACCAGUCUGCAGCAUAGAUUGUAAAAUAUACCAAGCCUGAAGCCACACUGAUUUUGAGGAGACAAACUCCAGCUCAACCACCAACUUACGGUGUUCAGUCAGGUGUUAAACAUACAUGAUGAAUUCCACAGUUGCCUGGAAGUGUUUGAGAUCUUUUGCACCUGCUUGGUCUUCCAGAUGGGCGACAGCAUUUUCACAUAAUAGUAGUGUGAGGUUGCUUGUCACAAAAAACAAGGCAUACUCUCCUGUGACUGACCAUUCUCUCUGCUAUACCAAGCAAGUAAAAACAGAUACAAAUAUUAUUUCACCAUGCAUGGUUAAGGUCCGUAGGCAACUGAAGUGUUACAUAUUGUGUAUUCUGAAGAGACAGAUUGAACACUGAUCAGCCAAAAGGCAUUCAACAGCAAAGAAUAAGUAAGAGCAAGUUCAACAGCAAGUAAUCUGAAAGUGUUUUCAAGAAGCAAGGAUACAUCCACGAUUUAAAAAAAAAAAAAAAAAGAUUUUUGCGGCGUAUUUGGAAAGUCAACUUUGUUUAAAUUGAAGAAUAAAAGUGAAAUGUUGGAAUCGGAGAAUCAAAAUCAAAGAUAAAUCUGCGUCCUUGAGCGUCGAAAAGAAGCCUGAAACCUUCACAGUUUGACAUGCAAUAAUAUGCAAUAAUCCUUGAAGCUACUGUGAGAUUGAAGGCUGUUGAUCUUGAGUGAUUCAGGCUAAAAUACUUUCUUCAAAGCAAUUGUCUGUAGUGCAUGUUUUGAUUGGGGGGUAAAAAAAAAAUCUCGUUUUUACUUGUAUGCAGAGGCCAUUGCACACAGGUUGGUCAGUUGGAUGUUGUGUUACAUUUACACACUGUACACUCAUAGGUGGGGACAUUUCCACAGGCGGAUAGAUGUCUGUGUAUAUUUGUGUUUUUCUGUGCAUGUAAUUGUUACAUGCCAAAUCUGCUGCAUCACUGAACGCCGACACUCAAACGUGGAUCAGUUCCGUUUUUUUUUUUUUUAAUGCAGAAGUCAUUUAUUCUGUAUUCUCUUUAGAACUUCUUUUGAACGCCUUUGUUAAACCCAGAUGUUACUGAACAGAGUGAGGAUGAGGGAUGAUGAUGGGAAGGCCAGAAACAGACCAUACAAAACAUGUAUUGUAUGUUUUUUUCACAUGCCAGUAGCUUUUGAAAUAUCUCAGAACUUUUUGUCAACAUUUGUUUUAAGUUAUGGAUGAAAGAGUGGGAAUUUUAGGAGGUGCUCCACCUUAUAAGCAAGUAGUACCUGAAGCUCUUGUGAACAUCAGGGAUGUGAUUUUUCAGACUUUGUCAGGUCUACAGCUGUUUUAGAAAUUUAGUUCCGUUUUAUUUCUAGAGGAAUUUUUCUUGAGUUCUGCCUUUGUUGUGUUCCCCUUAUCACAGUCCAGACAUCUUGACUGUAAAUAUGACAAUAAACCUUUUUUGUACCAAU